UGCUUUUGUGUACAAAUUUGGUGCUGAUAUUUUAACAAAAUUAUUUUAAAAGUUUGGUCAAUAUUUUUUAGUAAUGGAUUGCAUUGAAUGUGGUGAAGAUUCUAAAUACAAAUGUCCUGUAUGUAGACAACCUUAUUGUUCAGUAGCCUGUUGCAAAGUUCAUAAAGAAAAGCAAUGUACACCGCCAUCUCCGCCAAAAAACGAUGCCAUAGAAGAGUCACAAAUAGAAUAUGAAUUCCCUACCGAUCACACAGUGCCAAUAGAAAAAUUAAAAUCAUUAGAAAAUUCUAAAGAACUGCAGGAAUGUAUAUCAAAUCCACAUGUAAGGGAGAUAUUGCAGUUGUUAGACAAAUCGCCUCAUCCAGAUAAGUUAAUGCAAGAAUACAUGCAGGAACCAAUAUUUACGGAGUUUGUUGAUGCCUGUUUGAAAGUUGUGCAAGAUGAGCCUGAUGAUGAAUAAUUUACAACCAACUUAAAAAAAUGGCAGUCUUAUCUAGAGCCAAGCCUCCUUCAAGCUAUAUUCAAGAUGAGCCUGAUGAUGAAUAAUUUACAACCAACUUAAAAAAAUGGCAGUCUUAUCUAGAGCCAAGCCUCCUUCAAGCUAUAUUAUAUUAAGCAGAGUGUAACAGAACGUAGUGAUAAUAUUUUCAGAGAGUGAAAACUCAUGAUCAUCUGUGACCAUAAUAUGUUUCUAUGAGAAACAUAGAUGGUCCUAUUGGGCUAAAUAUUAUUGAUAAUACCUGUUAUGUUAUUUGAAAACAAUUUGAAAUCU